CCUACAAGAAAAAUAUGGCGGAUCAAGAGCAAGUUACCCUAGAAAAUGCUCCGGCUACAGAAGACAUUCUCAGUUCUCAGGGUGAAGUUACAGAAACCAAAGAUACAGAUAACGAACCAGAGAACCCUUCCUCAGGAGACACUGUAGCUGGAGAGGCACCCUCACAACCGGCUAAUGAGUUACCACAGGAGGGAGGCAGUGCAGAGGAGACUUCAGCUGAUGCUGCAGCAGCAGAUGAGACAAAUCAGGUGCAAGAGGAAGGGGAAAGCAAAGAAAAAGAAGAUGUGAUAGAAAAUCCAAGUCAAAUUGAGGAGAGACAGGAUCAUAUUGAGCUUGAAAAGUUUGAAGAAGAACAGGAUGAAAAUGCUCCAUUACCAGAGAAUGAAGGCAUUCCAGAGACUGAUGAUGGUCCUACUGUGGAGGUAGCUCAGCCACUGUCCAGAGAGGGAACACCCACUGGACAGAGGACAAUCAUGGAGGAAAAUGGUAAGGAGGAGCCUGAUGCUUUUUCAACCCCUCCUCCUCCAGUGCCACAGUCUCCAGAACCAACAACUGACAUGGAACAGAUGGAUACAUAUAUUGAGUCAGAUGCCAUGCAAUAUGAUGAGAUGGAGUAUGAUGAUGAGUCUGAACCAGAGAUUCCUAUCUACAACAGAGCAGAACUUAUUGAACGUUACCAGCAAGCGUUGGAGGAAAGAUCUGCUUUGCAAUCAUUGAAUGCCCAGCUUCAACACAAGCUGGCUGAAUAUUUCAAAAAGAAAAAGAGUGAUGAGCGACAGCAGGAGAUAGAAAAGAAUGUGACAGAUCAGGAACAAAGAUACCUCAAAUAUAUGUCAAAUCUUGAAGAACUCCAAGAUGAAGAAAGACGAGAAACCAAAAAUUAUGAGGAUCAGAUUGAAGAUUUAAAAGCAAAAUGCCAGGAGAGGCAAGAAAUUGUGAACCAAGCCAGUGACAACUUUAUGAUGUUUAAGAGUGAUGUUGCAAAACAGGCAAUCAACAGUCGAUCUGGAAAACCAAUUCCUCCCAAGGAUCUUGAACAAUACCAGAUGUUAGAACUUAAAAAGGAACAAGAAGUUAUGCAGGUGCGACUGGAGAACAUAAAGCUGAAAAACCGGCUGAAAAAGAGGGAGAUGCAAUUAAAAGCUAAGGAGGAGCUAGCGGAAGGAUUGCACUUAAUUGACUUUGAGCAGCUCAAGAUUGAAAACCAGACCUAUAAUGAAAAGAUUGAAGAACGAAAUGAGGAGCUUUUGAAACUUCGCAAGAAGAUCACAACUACAGUGCAAGUCCUAACGCAUCUGAAGGAAAAGUUGCAGUUUGUACAGGCAGAGAACAGUGAUCAAAGAAACAUUCUUAGAUCAGUCGAGGCACACGCUGCACAGAAAAGAGAUAUAUUAACAAGAACAAAACAAGUCAGGGAUGCACUGAGAAUAGAAAAUGUCAAGCUUAGACAAAAGUGUGGACUCCUUGGAAACGAGCCGCUGCUCAGAGACUACGAGCAACGGAAAGAACAGAGCGAUGAUCUACGAGCGAAAAUUGAUCGUCUGAAGAUGGAUCAUGCUGAACUGACUAUGGACUGCAGUGGAAUACGAACGAAAAUUGAAGGAGCUAGACAAGACGAAAAAUCGCUUUAGCUUUGUAUGUAAAUAUAUUGACAGCGCCAUUGUACAUAACACAGUUUUAAUGUAAAUUUAAUCAAAUUCGGUGACUUGUCGGUGUCUGUCUGACGUCAGCCCAGUUAAAUUUAAAUUGGUAUCGUACGUACAGAAGUAAGUAAUAUUACUAACUUUUUCAUCGUCGUAAAUUGAUGUUUGUUAUUAUCCAACUCUACUACACCAAACAAUGUCACAAUGUGAAAAAUAAAAAAUCUAU